AUGACUCGCCGGAGCGGCGGCCAAAAAGCACAGCGACGCGACGAAGACCCCAACAAUUCGGCACGCAAACAGAACGCGGCCGAGACGGGCGACGCCAACGCCUUCAAAGGCCGAAGGCUCGACCUCGACGGAGAUGACCAGUCGUCGUCGACGUCGCGGCGGGUGCCGACGGUCGCCGCCCCGACGGGUGAAAAAGCGGACACGUUGGCACUCGGCUGGCCGGCGCUGAGGGACAAAGUCCAUGAAUUCGACGAACAAGUCGACGCCGCGGGCACGCGGUGGUAUCGAGUCAGAGCGCGGAGCAGCCGUCACACUUGGUAUGACCGCUACGGUAGAAACGCCCUCUUUCAGCCGAGCCAGGACGAGGCCGUGCGGCAGGCGCAGACAAUCUACCUGACCAAAUGCGCCGAGAGCGUCUUCGCCGAUUGCCCCGUCGCGAAGGGUUUGCACGGCGACGUGCAGGUUCGGUGGUUGCGCGUCAAACCUCCGCCGCGCGACACGGGACUCCGCUCGGCGCUUUUUGAGGGACCGGAUGGCGCCGUCCGGCGGCUCAAGGACGGCGGGCUCGCGUCCGCGGCGACGAACCUCAGGACGUCGCCGGAGCAGCUUGAGCAUUAUUUGUCGAAGAUGGGCGACGACAAAGGCCACGUGGCGGCCUUUGUAGAGUUUGUGGGACGGGAGUCGCCGGACAACGUCCGGGCCGCGCGUUGGGUCCGCGAAUAUGAUCGAAUGGAGAUUAUCCGGGCAAAAAGCGCCGCCAAGGCCAACAUGCGUUUCGACGAAUUGCGGGCGAAGCUGCGCGAGAAGGAGGCGGACGUCGCGAAGGCUCUCCUCGACGACGGCACGCGCAUCCUGCCGUACCGCCCGGAAAGUCAAGGCGAAAUUUCGUGGCUCGGGCAUCCGAACCACUUCGCGCGGGAAGUCCUCGCCGCGUGGCGCGCGUCCGACCUCGGCGCCGCCAACCGCGGCGCGCUCACGAACGCGCGCAAGUCCGAAAUUCGGAGGGAGCUCGAGGAGACGGGGAUGCUGGACAAAUUCGUUCGUCUCAAAUUCCCGUCGCUCGUUCCGAGCUUCGACGCGGACCCUCAACUGCUACAAUUAUUUGUAGAGGCGGUCCACGUCGACCACAUCGUAAGCAGCGGCUGCGACUUCGACGAGAACCUGUGGUCCGCGGCCCGCGUCUGCAAUCGACGCCGAUUCGACGGGGCGCGCUCGCGGCCAGCCUCCGACGCUUCAUUUUCUUCCGCGCAGGCUCGAGAUGGACAGGAUCAACGAGUGGUUCGGCGAGAACCGCGCGAUGCCGCUCAAGCGCGAGCGCGUCGGGGACCCCGUCUGGGCCCGCGCCGUCGCGGUUUUCAACCGCCUUGUUCGCAAGGAGGCCGGGGUCUUCCGCCUCUGA